AUGGAGAGCAAUAUUCUCUCGAUGGAGAGCUUUCUUCCUUCCCCACCUGAGCAAUGUAGGGCUAAUCCUGAAGUGGAAGAGCAGGAGGUUGGUAAUCCAAAUGCCCCGUGGGCUACUCCUCAAUCUAAAGCUCUAGUGAUUUCUAAUGGGGUGGAGGACAAUGAGCAUUGGCCUCUAGUGCAAAUGGAAACUGAAGAAGUCCAACAGAUCCAGGAACACCAAGAGAUGAACUCAAUAUUACCAGACUUGCCAGAGACUCAGGAACAGAGAUCAACUAAGUACUUGGGACUACCCCUUGGCAUUGGGAGAUCAAAGAAGGAGUCUUUUGAUUUUGUGAGCCUAUGUGUAGAGGCUUCUCCUUGUUGA